AUGGCUCUGGCGGACAGCACACGUGGAUUACCCAAUGGGGGCGGCGGCGGGGCCGGCAGCGGCUCCUCGUCCUCCUCCGCCGAGCCGGGGCUCUUCCCUGACAUCGUGGAGCUGAACGUGGGGGGCCAAGUGUAUGUGACCCGGCGUUGCACGGUGGUUUCGGUGCCCGACUCACUGCUCUGGCGCAUGUUCACGCAGCAGCAGCCGCAGGAGCUGGCCCGGGACAGCAAAGGCCGUUUCUUUCUGGACCGGGACGGCUUCCUUUUCCGCUACAUCCUGGAUUACUUGCGGGAUUUGCAGCUCGUGCUGCCCGACUACUUCCCGGAGCGCAGCCGGCUGCAGCGCGAGGCCGAGUACUUCGAGCUGCCGGAGCUGGUGCGCCGCCUUGGGGCGCCCCAGCAGCCCGGCCCGGGGCCGCCGCACCCGCGGCGUGGAGUGCAUAAGGAGGGCUCGCUGGGCGACGAGCUGCUGCCUCUCGGCUACACGGAGCCGGAGCAGCAGGAGGGCGCCUCGGCUGGGGCGCCAUCGCCCACGCUGGAGCUGGCUAGCCGCAGCCCGUCCGGGGGCGCGGCCGGUCCGCUGCUCACGCCAUCCCAGUCGUUGGACGGCAGCCGGCGCUCAGGCUACAUUACCAUCGGCUACCGCGGUUCCUACACCAUCGGUCGGGACGCGCAGGCGGACGCCAAGUUUCGGCGGGUGGCACGCAUCACUGUGUGUGGCAAGACGUCGCUGGCCAAGGAGGUGUUCGGGGACACCCUGAACGAGAGCCGGGAUCCCGACCGGCCCCCGGAGCGCUACACCUCGCGCUAUUACCUCAAGUUCAACUUCCUGGAGCAAGCCUUUGACAAGCUGUCUGAGUCGGGCUUCCACAUGGUGGCGUGCAGCUCCACGGGCACCUGCGCUUUCGCCAGCAGCACCGACCAGAGCGAGGACAAGAUCUGGACCAGCUACACCGAGUACGUCUUCUGCAGGGAGUGA